AUGCACAGCGACUCAGAUGACAACGUCGGCCGAGUCGGCGUUGACGAUGGUGACGCUCAAGCAGAGAUCAGAGUACCGCCAUCAGCCGUGAGGCCUCAUGCAGAAGACAAGGUUGAGUCUUAUGAGGAUGAAGUCGUCUGGAAAGGUCGAUCAACAGGGCGGACCACCCAUCUUACUACGAAGAGAUCAAUCAAAAGUCGAACUACCCCAGGCGCAACACUUUUGGUCGAUCCCGCGUCUGACCAUCGAGCGCGGCGAAGCGAGGCUGCCAAGAACAGCAUGAGAACACCGAGUUACUCCUACCCAUAUUCGUCUGGGUUAUACCAACCGUAUGCGCAGCCUUUCUGGUCACAUGUGCCCACUUAUCCAUCAAUCUACCCGCCGACCUACCCUCUGAGCUACCUGCCAGCCUACCCGCGUUUUUAUGCAUCGCCAUACGUAGCUCCCACUUCCAGAGCUCCGGAACACAAUGUGCAGCGAGCCCCCGAAAUCGAACCUUCGUCAAGCGCUGUGCAUCUCAAGGGCAAAUUCAGGCAUGAUGCGACCAUCAUUCGCGAUACACAUUCUGAGAUCAAGGUACCAGUACGUCUCCAUGGAGAUAAAACUACGAUUAAGAGAACCAGAAAAGCUACAAGAAGUACCCCAGGUUUCAAGACAAAGGUUAGACCUAAGGUUAGGUCAAAGAGACACAAGAAGUUCCCAUCAGCUUCACAGAGUAACGUAAAUUUCGUUGAUACAGCUCACAUGCGCGAAAGCUCGAGCAAAGCGAAAACUGACGUGCCUCUUGGGUCUUAUAUGGCAGAGGAUAUUGCUGAGCCAUCUGACCCAGUGCAACGUGAGUUCGUAUACAGUGAGCCUGUUUUCGAGUAUGAUGAACCAUGGGAACAUCCUGUUCGCCACACUAGUAUACGCAAGGUGCACUCGGAACCCUCAUUUACGGCACGGAAAUCCGAAUUUUUUGUACCCCAUCAGUCUACAUUUCCCACACCAGUGUUGGCUCCUCCGCUACAUACCGAUCGCCGCGAACUGUUGGACCAGAACGAUGCUUCACAGUCCAUUAGUUUAGGAUCUGGCGACGGAGAGAACGAGUCAGAGCUGGGCAUUGGAGACAGGCUGGUUGCGCAGGAAGACGUAUCGAUCGCAGGGGCUGUUUCGCAGCAAGACCCGAAGCCUGAAGUCAAUGGUCAGAUCAAUAGACUCCCACGGCAAUCCAAACUUGAUGAUCUGAUCAUCUCAGUCACGAUUCCAAGCAGCUAUGCAGCCUUUCACUCGCAAUUUUCGAUUUCCCCAGAAAUGAAAUGGCCCGAAACCAAGGAUACCGACGGAGAUAUCCACAUGGAUGUCAAGAAAGCUAUCAGUGCAAAGCGCUUGAGAAGAAGGGAUGGCGCAUACUCAAUGGAACUCUACUGCGACAAAGGGCCAACUUCUAGUAAAGAAGACAGUACUUAUCAGAUGCAGUGGCUGCACAUGAAGACGCGUCGCUUGAAUCUGGCAGAAUUUGAGAACGCUUGUCUAAAUGCUCCCGGGCUUGGUGGUGAAGCCCGUUUUACACUGCUGAGACUGUUCAAACAGAUACAGGUCAAACAUCGAAAACAGUUGUUCGAUGGAUAUUCAAUUGAGCCUGGUACAGUUUUGCGUUGUGAUGGCGUUUCUCCAGGAGAUGCUAACGUCGUGCAACCUUCUGCGAUCUUCAUCUGCUUUCCAUAUCUCUCGGUGGGCACUCGUCAAGAGCCUGUCCACUCAGCGGAGCCCGGAUAUCCUACCAGAAGUAUACUACAGACCCUCUAUCCGUACGAAUCGACCACGUUUAGUGAUGAGGCUCCGAGCUUUUGUAGUGAUCGACCCCAAUCGGCAGACCAAGUUUUGUAUGUUCCACAGUGCUGGAUCAUCAUCCUUAAUUCUGAUACCUUACUAUCGUGUGCUGAGCUUGAUAGUGGAGCGAUCAUGAAUCCAACAGUCUCCCUAUCCCACCAAAAGAAAAGCUUCUCACCCACUGUCGGUCACCAAAGUCAGAGACCUGGAAAAGACGCUGCAGUGGAUGGUCUUGAUCCGAUGAAAUCUGCACAAGCCAUUGUACAACAAAGUUUAGAGGGCGACGACUACGAUCGAGAUCUGAGACAGCUGUUCGAAGAAAUCCGCGUUGAGGAUUAUUUAGUUGAAGACGAUGAGUCUGAUACUUCGAGUAUAACGAGUACUUCUCAAUCUUCCCUGAAAGACGCUGAUGUGGGAAGGCUGCCCGAAGCACGAGACAACUUGGUGCGACAGGAGCGUAAUACUGCUGAGUACUCAAAUGCUAUAGGCUGCGGCCCAGCCGUACAUCCCGACGUCGAGGAGCGAGGCAACCCCGAAAUGCUUUCGUCGAUUCAAGAAGAUGUCCGCUCUGAUGCUGAUCCAGAAACUAUGAAAAAAGUGGAUCCUCUUUACGACCUUCAUAGAUCAGAAGUUGAGAGUCGAUCGCUUACAGUUGAAGGGGCUACUAAAGCGGAAGCAUCGAUGCUCGCGUUUCUCCAUUCAUUGGAAUGUCCUCAGAUGACCACCAAGUAUUUAGCCGAGUUCAGAAUGUAUAUGAACUACGUUCUCGACCUCUGGAGCAAAGCUCCAUCGGAAGCACAACGGCGCCAGCAUGUGAUCUUGACACGGUUGAAGGAAGGUAUAACUUGUGCAGAACUGCUGGGCGGAAUGUGCGACCUAGAAUCACAAGGUUCAGUCUUUUCAGAGAAUCUUGGAUUUCGUGAUGCUAUGCUCGCAGCACUAGGCAUCGAGAAUUCGUCCUUCCAAGAGCAACUAGAGAGUCUUGGGACUGUAGUCAGGGAUGCUAUGACUCUUUUCAAAGGAAUCUCGGACUCCAAAACGACCGCCGCAAUCAAAUCAGCCAGGAAGAUACUUCGGGAUCAAAGUCAAGCAACAAAACCAGUCAAUUCGCAGGAGUUACAGUCAUCAGAGCCGACUUCUGGGUUAGCCUUUAACCCUGUCAAGCCAUUUCUUACCUGGAUAUCAAUCGAUGCAGAAUUGAACGAGCGAGACAUUGCAGAGCAAGUCACAGCUGAGUACCUUGACACCAUCAUGGGAGAGAUCAAAAACAGCUUGAUGAGAAACGAGGAGUCCUACAAAUUUGCUAGAGAAGUUGCCAUAUCCAAGCUAGAAUCGUCAUUGGCAGCCCCGAUGCAGCUUUCUGCUACAACCAGCAACAUCGGUGCUCCUGGUCAGCAACGGGUGGCGAGUCGCGAAGAAUCUGUGGACAAUGCCUCGCAGAUACUGCCAUCGCUGGGAACGAUUUUGCAGAAUCUCCCACCUAACGAUGCUCUUGUUCGCGCACAAAAGAAUGAAGUUCGCACUGCAAUCGAUGACCUGUUUACAUGUCUGAAACGCUUCAUCGGACUUUACGUUGCGUGUGACUACUCACACACAGUGUGUCACAAGAUCUGGGGAUCGAUGGCACGAUUGAACAAUACUGCAACACAGCUUUUUCAAGAACAUGAGCAUACAAAGCUGCUGUACAUCAUACGUCCGCUCGAAACAGGCUUUUUGCGCACUCAUAAGAUCAAGAAGCCGGCGGAUGCUAUUGAGUCUUGUCAAGCAUGCAAAGAUGGACAGACGUACAAAUCACAUCAAGAAGCUAUGAGUCACCUCAACAUAGUUCAUUACGGAGACACCUCGUUGUUACGUCCAUCAAGAUAUCAAGAAACAGUACGCCGGUAUUUUGUGCGUACUGAGAACGAUGUGCGCAAUGAGCGAACGAAUAAGCAACAUCUUCAGCUAUUGCAAAUAUGCAUACGAUACCUGAAACAUUUGGUAUCACGAGGGGAAAAAUUGCAUUCUGGGUUUGAUGACGGAGAGCAAGCUGAUUACCGGCGAUACCUACUGCCGGAUGGCCUUGUCGACUGUUUCGAAGAGACUGUUCUAUUUCUAAUGCAAGCUACGACAUCCGUCGUUGCCAUAAGGAAUGAGACAGGCAAUUGGAAGCAUGUGCCAGGGAAAGCAAUUGAUGAUCUGGAGACUCCAGCCGUGCAGAUUGCGCUCGAGAAAUUGGGGAAACUGGGGGAAUCCGCAAAAGCGUCUAUGACCAAAGCUGAGAAGGCUAUAGCACUUGCGGGGCUUGAAGAGAAUACGGUCGGUAUGGGAAAUGCUGGGCCAGAACUAUUGGCCUCGUUACUCCUUCAGAAUAUCGGAAAAAGGCAUCCCUUCGAAGACAGAAAUAUGGAUGUAAAUCAGCUAUACCAGGAGUGUACUUCAAAACUACAAUAUCAAAUCAACCAGUUUCCUCGCAAACGUCUGCUUCGAACUAUUCAUAAGCUCCAAGAAGAACUUAGUGUUGUUCAGCUUGUGAACUCCUGGCAACAGAAGACAUUCACCAGCUUCGUUCAAGUUCUCGACCCCAGAACCUUUGAGACACCCACAGCCGAUCGCGAAAAUCUAUACCUGCCAGAGUCUGGAUGUAUUAGCGACAGUCUUAAGUCUUUACAAGCCAAAGCCGUGGAGCUCGAGGCUCUGGAGUAUCGCACACAAUACCUUCGUGAACAAUUGAAGCAAAGUGUAGAGAUUCUCGAAGAAGACCAUGGGAAAGCUAUCUUGGUGUUCACGAUGAUCACCACCAUCUUCCUUCCUCUAUCCUUCGUAACAAGCUUCUUUGGGAUGAAUACAUCAGACAUUCGAAACACUGAUAGUACUCAAUCCUUAUUUUGGGCUAUAGCCAUUCCUGUAACUGGUGGUAUCGUCUUUGCUGCAGUCUUGCUAGCGUAUCGUGGUGAUAAGUGGUACGAUACCAUUGUGCAGACAGUACACGAAGCAAAAGAGCAGCGAAGGCGAAAACAAGUGCAAAAAGCACCUCUAUACACCAGAGGAACAUGGCGGGAGGCAUUCACUUUCACGCCGCCUUCGUGGGCUCUGCGCAGGUGGGGGUAA